AUGGCUUUGCCGGCGUUGCAGGGCGCGCUGCGCUCUCGACGCAAUCGCGCCUCCGGGCGGCCAACAGAUGCGCGCGAGGUGCCUGGGGCUGGGCACGCACGCACCAAGUCGGCGGUGCACGCGCCCCUGCUGCUGGCGGCCGCCGGGCUUCUAGACCCAAGCGAAGGGGCGCAGUGGAGAGAGCACCGCCUCACGCAGGCUUGGUGGCAGCCGACGGUCGAGACGCUGCGGCUUGCUGAACCUGCGCCAGCAGGGCCCUUCGCCCAGAUGCUCGCGCACACCGACGCCCGGACCAGGGAACUACCAGCAGUGCUCGCUGCAGACGGAGGAGAACGCCCAAGGCAUUUACCCUUUGCGCCAGUCGCCCAGGCUGUGGCGCACAGCAGCACAGGCUACAUUCAGCCGCUGGUGCAAGACCUCAUCCUCGAAGCGUUCGGCGGCCUGGUGCUCGCGAGGGGUGUGGACGCACGCGCGGACGAACUGCGCAGCCCCGCGGCGCGGGCGGCGGCCGAGCCGCACCCGCCCCUCCCGCCGCCGCGAGCGGAGGAGGCGCCAGAGGAGGAAGGAACGCCCGAGGAGGCCGAGGACGAAGAGGUGGCAGAGCAGGCAGAGGAGGCGGCGGGGUGGGAGAAGGCCCCGGCAACGACGGAGGGAACGAGGGCAGCGACGACGGCCAGGGUAGAGAGAGAGGCGCUGGACGGGUCGGACUUGCAGGCGGCCUUGAGGCAGCGGGUGGCCACGCUGCGGAGCGCGCCAGCACUCCUCCGAGGCUGGAAGCUCCUCGUCCUGAUCCCAACCAUGCUGCUGAGCAAGGGCCCCAGCGCCCGCACGGUGCCCAAAGAACAGCUGCUGGAACGGUUCGCCCGCUUCGAGGAGCUUGCCCAGCGCUGCGAGAGGGCGCACGCCUUGGCACAGCAAGGAAAAGUCUCGGCGGCGCGCCAGGCCCUCACGGCCAGCACGAUCGCGCCAGGAACCGAGGCCGCGAUGGCGGAGCUGCGGGACCCAGCACGGCGGCUCGCCGAACCGCGGGAGCCGCUGAGAGCAGACCUGGCAGCAUGGGCCCCGGAGCCUAUCCUCCUCGGGCCCGACCAGCUCCUCCGCAACCUCCUCGGCUGCCGCAGGGGCGCCGCCCCGGGCCCGUCGAGCAUGACCGGCGCGCACAUGCAAUCGCUACUGGAAGACGAGCAAGCCUGCGGCUUACUGCACCACGCGGCGACGAGGAUGGCGCAGGCAAGGCUACCAGGACCAGUGGCGGAAGCUUUGCGCCUGGGGCAGCUCACGGCGCCAACCAAGCCGAACGGGAGGGCGAGGGGCAACGUGACGGGAGACGUGCUGAGGAUUGUAAUCCUGGAAUCGAAUGACAAGGCCGCAGCAGUUAAUUUCCUAUUAAUAGGGAAAAAAGAAAUCACGUUGCCCUAUUAA